AUGGAACCCAGAAAUCACACAGAUGUUUCAGAAUUUCUUCUUCUGGGAUUGACAGAUGAUCCAGAACUGCAGCCUUUCCUAUUCUGCCUGUUUCUGUCCAUGUACCUGGUCACUAUCCUGGGAAAUCUGCUCAUCAUCUUGGUCAUCAGUUCUGACUCUCACCUCCACACCCCCAUGUACUUCUUCCUCUCCAAUCUGUCUUUUACUGACAUCUGUUUAAGCACAACCACCAUCCCAAAGAUGCUGGUGAACAUCCAAGCACAGGAUCAGAGCAUCACUUACACAGGCUGCCUUACCCAGGUUGGAUUUGUCCUGGCUUUUGGUGGUUUUGAAAAUUUUCUCCUUGCAGCAAUGGCUUAUGACCGCUAUGUGGCCAUUUGUCACCCCUUGAGAUACACUGUUAUCAUGAACCCCCAACUCUGUGUUCUGCUGAUUCUGCUCUCACUGUUCUUUAGCUUUGUGGUUGCCCUGCUCCACAGUCUAAUGGUGCUACGACUCUCCUUCUGCAAGGACUUGGAAAUUCCUCAUUUCUUCUGUGAACUUGCUCAGGUCAUCAAGCUCGCCUGUUCUGACACCCUCGUCAAUAACAUACUGAUUUAUUUUGUGGCUAGCCUAUUUGGUGGUAUUCCUCUUUCUGGGAUCAUUUUCUCUUAUACUCAAAUCGUUUCCUCUGUUUUGAGAAUGCCAUCAGCAGGGGGAAAGCUCAAAGCUUUUUCCACCUGUGGGUCUCACCUGUCAGUUGUGUCCUUGUUCUAUGGGACAGUUGUUGGAGUGUACAUUAGUUCUGUAGUUAGUGACUCUUCCAAGAAGACUGCAGUGGCUUCAGUGAUGUAUGUUGUGGUUCCUCAAAUGAUGAACCCCUUUAUCUAUAGCCUACGGAACAGGGACAUGAAAGGAGCCUUGAGAAAGCUCAUCAGUGGGAUGCCUUCUUUGCUGUGA